AUGGGGUCUGUUCUGUUGCUGCUGCCUUGGUCCAACGCUGUGAUCGGGGGUUGCUCCUCUGGCAUCAGGAGCACUCCCGUAUUUCCAGAGGCUCCUGGAAAUAGCUGGAGUGAAUCAGCCUGGUGCUUGGUUCGAGACAAAGGCUUGAAAGCCUCGGGUCCCUCUGGACACAGCAGUCCCCUCUUAGCAUCGUUGCCCAUCCCUGGCCGUCCCCUUCCCCCCCCCUUGGACAUCAAGCACUUUCUGACCUUCCGGCUCAACGGGACCUCACCGCUCAACCUCUUCCCCAACUUCAACACGAUGGACCCGGUGCAGAAGGCAGUGAUCAGCCACACCUUUGGCAUGCCCACCCCGCUCAAGAAGAAGCAGUUCAUCUCCUGCAACAUCUGCCACCUCCGCUUCAACUCUGCGAACCAGGCAGAAGCUCACUACAAGGGCCACAAGCACGCACGGAGGCUCAAAGCCAUCGAGGCCAUGAAGAACAAGCAGAAAGCAGUGGGGGCCACCAGCCAGGAUGGUGCAGCUGAGUUCACCCCCAGCCCCGAGGGCAGCGGGGAGCCCAGCAGCACAGCUCAAGCCAAUGGCCUGCAGGAGCCAGAGGGUGAGGGCAGCAGUCAGGGGCUGACGCCUGGCACUGAGGAGUCACCCGUGGAGCUGCCGGGCAGCAUCGCCCCCCUGGGCUCCCCACCGGCUUCUGAGCUUUCCGAGGGCACCUCGGAUGCCACCAGCGUCACCUCCUCGGCCACACCGGCAGCCGAGGCACAGGCAGCUGAGUCAGGCAGCAGCGUCAGCUCCACCCCUGACAGCGAGAAGGAGGGGAAGAAGAGCAAACAGCACCUGUACUGUCCCACCUGCAAAGUCACUGUCAACUCCCUGUCACAGCUGGAGGCUCACAACACCGGUGCCAAGCACAAGUCGAUGCUGGAAGGUCACGGCACCCAGCUGCGGCGAGGCCGAGGGAAGCUCCUCUCCCGGGCAGGCCACAAGUCCAAGCGGAUCGCUGCUGGGCAUGCCCUGUGGACCCAAGCCACAUGGUGCUGUGGGUCUGUCCUGGCUGUCCUGGCUCUUGGUAAUCUGGCUGUUUUCCUCUCGCAGCACAUGAGCAGCCGGAGGCACAAAGACAGGCUGGCAGGGAAGCCACCCAAGCCCAAGUACAGCCCCUACAACAAGCUGCAGAAGAACGCUGCCCUUGCAGUGAGUAUUCUCAAGUCCAAGCUGGCUUUGCAGAAGCACCUCACCAAAACCCUGGCGACCCGCUUCCUGCCCAGCCCGCUCACCGCCGCUGUCUGCGCCAUGCCCGGUCCCCUCGCCCUGCGGCCAGCAGCUGCCACCACCCUCUUCCAAGCCCCCAUCCUCGGACCAGCUCUUUUCCGGACGCCUCCAGCCCACGUCCGCACCACUCCGGGCCCCAUCGUCUUCGCACCCUACUAGAGCCGCUCGCCGGACCGGGCCGUGCCGCGGGGGGACAGCACUCCCAGGCGGGCUGCUCUGCUGGCUGGUGGGAAAACAUCAUCCUCGACAUCAACCCCGGCUUAUCCUUUGCUUCGAGUGGGUUCCUGCUGGAGCGAGACACCCCGGCAGAGCCCGACCACCC